UAACCGGAAAUAGAUAUCACGGGCACUAUGCCGGUUUGUGACGUCAUGAAUUAGACCUCCGUUAACUCCCCGUGUUGAAAUUGAAGAAGUGAAUAUUUCCAAGACAACAUGUUACUAUACGAAUAUCGUGUGGUACUACCUAUGGCGGUAGAUGAGUACCAAAGAGCCCAAUUAUAUUCUGUAGCAGAGGCCAGUAAAAAUGAGACCGGGGGUGGUGAAGGAAUAGAAGUUUUAGCAAAUGAACCUUUUGAUAAUAAUGGAUUAACGGCUGAUAAUGACAGAUACCAAGAUUUACAAGCGAACGGACAAAAGUUUUUAGUUGGACAAUAUACACAUAAAAUAUAUCAUUUGGCAAGUAAAGUUCCAACUUUUAUACGAAUGCUAGCUCCUAAGGGUGCCUUGGAGAUACACGAAAAAGCAUGGAAUGCAUACCCGUAUUGUAGAACAGUGAUAACGAAUCCUGAUUAUAUGAAGGACAAUUUUUUCAUAAACAUAGAAUCAAUGCAUAUGCCAGAUCGUGGUCAGUCAGACAAUGUUCAUAAUUUAAGUGAAGAGGACAAGAAAAUACGACAAGUAGUGUAUAUAGAUAUUGCUGGCAAAGUGAAAUCUCAGGCAGAUUAUAAAACAGAAUGGGAUCCAAAAUUAUACAAGUCUCAAAAAACUGGUCGAGGUCCCCUUAAUACUCCUGACUGGAAGGAAACUGUUAAUCCGGUUAUGUGUGCGUAUAAACUAGUUCGAAUAAAAUUUAAAUGGUGGGGUUUACAAACCAAGGUAGAAAAAUUAGUCCAAAAGCAAGAAGAACGACUUUUCUUCAAUUUCCAUCGCCAAGUAUUCUGCUGGACUGAUGAAUGGUAUCCAUUGACAAUGGCAGAUAUACGUGAACUUGAAGAAAAAACAAAGAAAGAUUUAGAUAAAGCUAGAUGUGAAGGAAGUGUAAGAGGAAUGUCGGCAAAAGAUGAAUCUGAUUAAGUUUUAUUUAUAUAAAUAUGAUGUUAAUGUUAUUCAUCUAAAUAUAAAUACCAUCACCUAGUUAUUUCACUGACUCAUUCAAAUCCCACAAAAUACUAGUAAUAACUACUGCUUUAUACUGAUAUAGCACUAGCUUUCUCUUCCAAGUUUAUCAGAUUUUCCAGGGUAACUGAUUAUACUAUAUAGUUUACUAAUGGAUACAUAUGACUUUACUCCAGAAAAGGAAGUGCAUCUCAUGUUCAAGGCUCCGUCAUUAAUCAAUUAUCUGAUUUGUGCCAUAAAUCUUUUUUAUGUUAAAGCAUUCUUUCAUAUAAACUUGGAGAGAAGGAAUCUACCACCCUGCACCCUCUUUAGAAUUAUGGUUUUUGUUUUCUUUUUGAACUGUGAUAUUUAUUUUAUUUACUAGUGUUAAAUACUUAAUCUAUAACAAGAUAAUCACAGUGUUGUGUUCGCUUCUAUUGUCCAUUUAUAGAAAUGAUAUUUACCAUUUUAUGCAACAAUUAUGUGCUUGAAUUGAAGUAAAAUAUAUGGGGAGAGGAGUUUACCUUUAUCAAAACCUGUAGACAUUAUUCAGGUAAAAAAAAAAGAAAUAGAUCAUUAAUUGUCUGGCUGUAUGUACUCUGAAAACAACAACAUUGAAGUUGUGACAUUGAAAUUGUAUGUACCGGUAUGAUGUCUGUAUGCUGCUGAUGGGGAUCUUUGGUGGUGUUAUAAAUUCAUCCAUAUAACUUAAGGUUUAGCACUGAUUUAAAUUCAUUGAGAACUUUUCUCAGGAUACGUGGCCAAGCCAAAUCUUUAUUUAUCAUUUAGUUUAGUUAUUAAAAGCAAUGGAUAAACCUCAGUGUUGAUAUACUAGUACCAGUGGGAUAAGAACAAUUUAGAAAGAAUUUAGACAGUUAAAAUUAAUGGCUAUCCAAUGCUGAUAAUUUUAUGAGUUUUGUUCUUCUAUAGCCAAAAUAAAUAUUAAACUUGAUUUUAAAAAAUAUGCAACGAUAUGCACAACAUACAUUAAUCUUUAUUGACAGGGUCAUUCGUUACAUUUUUUAAAAUUCAUUUCUUUUGUUUAUUUUUCUUAUUGUUAUUUAUUUGUAGUAGAUUUGUUUUAUAGAUAAUAGUUUUGAUAUUUACCAUGAUAUUAAAAUCUAUUGACUUGUUUAAUAUGGCUACAUGUAUUUAAAGAUCAGUUUCUUCAAGGAUAUUUAAGUCAACUUUUUCACAUCCCAUAAUUACUUUGGCCUGAAAAUAUAAUGAACUGUAAAUAUAAAAUCAUACAUACCAGAGGAGUUUAUUCACUUUUGUUAUUAUAAGAGUCGUUGAUCGUCAUUUGCAUUCAACCAACCGAGUGGGCAUAGGGAAGUAACUCAUAUUUUAUUGCAACUAAGAUUAUUGUGGUGAAAGUAAACAAUGACACUAAGACUGGCAUGUGAACUGUUUUUUGAUGGUUCAUAGAAUUAAGAUACAAUCAAGGGCAGAUAACUUGAAUUCGUGAAAAUCAUGUGGAUAGCCCCAGGGGUUAGUCAGGUAAAACAGAGCGAUACCACUGGGGAUACCAAGAUCAGCAGCUUUAAUACUUUUCCAAAGCCUAGUGUGUUAUUAUUAUGAACACAUGUUGAUUUAAACAAUACUUUAUUUAAAUCAGAUGGAUAUUGUAUACAUACACUGUCAAAAGGUAUAAGGAUUCAAAAACAAGCCAAAGGCUUAUAUUAGUUCGUCUCCUUAUUUAAUAAAUAUACUACAAAUACAAUUGUAAUAUGUACAUGUACACUUCACAUAUAAAAAAUACAUUUAAUAAAAUGGUAUUUUCCAUUUACUAUUAAUCGUGCAUGCAAGUAAUUUAAUAAUUUGUGUCACUUACAGUACCUUACCAUUUCAUAAUAUGCUUGCUCGUAUGAUGUUUUGAGGACGUCAGAGGUAUAUUAUACAGAACACAUGUUCUGUGUAAAGUUAAAGAUCUUUCAAAUGACGAUCACAUACUUUAAUAUUAAAUUUAGCAAUGUUUGUCCAUAUAAAAUGAUUUAUGAUUUAAAAGUUACCAGUAAAUAAUAUUUUUUAUUUGUUCCUGACAAAUCAUGGAAAUAUAUAUUUUUAUUAGAUGACAUUCAUGGACUAAUAUAUAUAUUUUGUCUCAUUAAAUUAAGACAUUUUUUUCAGAGUUGAUUUUGCUAAGACUGGGAUUUCGGAAACAAUUUAAAAAAUAUUACUUUAAAAUGUAACAUUUCAUCAAGAUAAAGCACUAAUGUUUAUUUGAAGAUUGCUCUGUGAAGAAAUUGGGUUAGAACUUUGCAAAUCGUAUGAACUUUCAUAUUAUGAAUGAGAAUAGUUUUUAUGCUUUAAUAACAUGGAUCUGGUAUUGUGGAACUAGUUUAGGUUUGUUUGAAUUUAAAUAAAUUUCUUGUCUCUAUAUGUCACUUUAUAUACAUAUUGAAGGAUCAUAUGCACAAAGUUAGAUUUAUAUUAAGAUUGUUUUAUUAUAGUUUCAUAGACCUUAAUACAUGUAAAUAUAUCAAGUGGUCUUUAGUCAAAAAUUAUUCUUUAGAUGAUGACUUUGUGAAGAUAAUAAUUAUAUUGAUAACCUCAAAAUUUUAGAAACGGUGGCAGAAAAUUCUUCUAUAUAUUUCAUAUAAUAGCAUGUCUCCAAAAUAAUUAGAAUGAGUGACUCUUUCUAGAGAUAUUUUAUAUAUAGAAAAUUUCAUAUUAUAUGUGUAUGAUUGUUCUACACAAUAUGAAUAGAAAUACACAUUCACUGGUGCAUAGUUUACUAGUUUUACUAUUGAUCUAUAUAAAUACAAUUGUUUCUCAUAACAUUGGCAUUAAUAUCUUAAGUAUUCUAAAGUAAUAUCUAUGUUGGAUAGAGUAAAUGACCUUACAUGUAUAUUAUGUAGCUGUGUAUAAAUAAAGAAUAUACUAAUAAAGUGUAAAGUUGAGCUAUUAAUUUGUGUGCUUUUAAUGUUGCCAUUAUAAGUUAAAUCGAAAUACAAAUAUUAAAUCGUGUAUGUAAAAAAACGUUGAUGGAUAAUUUGACUAAUGAAUUGUAAUUACAUGUAUUUGUAAAUUUCAUUACGGUAAUAUUAAUUGUUGACAGCAGGACUGUCUUUAUGUUUGUGGCAGUUUUUUUUCGGUAUAACACCAUCUGGUAUGCAAAAUUAUGUCACUUCUUUUUAAAACAUCUAUGUUUUAUCUGAUUCAGUCCUGUACAUAUUGUGCACAUUCCCAAACUUUAAAGUGAGUUCUUUAUUAAAACUAAACCCGUGAUUUAAAAAAAAAAAAGUAAUGAUGACAUGACGUUAUUAAAACUAUUAAACAGAAAGAACUUGUUGACAUUAUAUGUGAAAGGUUUCUUGCUUGUGUAAUAUACAUGUACACUGUUUUGUCAUAUACAUGUACAAUAAACUUACGAUGAUGGCUUA